CAUAAUGCAUGACGAUAGACGUCAUUUGGCUCCAGAGCCAGAGGGAUGGUUGCUCAAAUAUAUCAGCUGUCGGAGAGGAAGACGUGGAUGUGCAGCGCGGACAGGACCAGCUCCACACUGAGACCCUGAACCUGAUAUUGAAGCGCAGGAUCCGGACCCCGGUUCACACAGACCAGUUAGGACGCGUUAUUGUAACCUAAUCCUGGCCCCUGGGGGUCUGAAGGGCCCCAGGCAAGACUUCUCUUUCAGCCCUCCUCUUUUAUUCUUUCGGAGGAUCUUUGUGCUCCACACACGCACCGGAGGACGGAGAGGAAGCCCGGCCAGGACGUCAGUGAAGACCAACCGGUAUCCUCACAUUUCCAACCCCGGGACGGAGCAGACAGCCGCCGGUCUCCAUGUCGUCUGUGUCGGUGUCCUCUCAGGAGGGGCGGAGCAUGUCCAGGAUGUCUCUGAGCCGCUCACCUGUGUCCCCCAUGACCACCCAGGGCAUCCCAUCUCCUGCCCAGCUCACCAAGGCCAACGCCCCCGUACACAUCGACGUGGGGGGGCACAUGUACACCAGCAGCCUGGCAACGCUCACCAAAUACCCCGAGUCCAGGAUCAGUCGUCUGUUUAACGGCACCGAGCCCAUCGUGUUGGACAGUCUGAAGCAGCACUACUUCAUCGACAGAGACGGAGACAUCUUUCGCUACAUCCUCAGCUUCCUGCGGACCUGCAAGCUGCUUCUGCCGGAAGACUUCAAGGACUUCCCCCAGCUGUACGAGGAGGCUCGGUACUACCAGCUGACCCCGAUGGUCCGGGAGCUGGAUCGCUGGCAGGCGGAGCAGGAGUCCCAGCGGGCGCCACCAUGCGAGUGUCUGGUGGUUCGGGUCACGCCCGACCUGGGCGAGAGGAUCGCGCUGAGCGGGGAGAAAGUCCUGAUUGAAGAGAUCUUCCCCGAGACCGGAGACGUCAUGUGUAACUCCGUCAACGCCGGCUGGAACCAGGACCCGACCCACGUGAUCCGCUUCCCCCUCAACGGAUAUUGCAGGCUCAACUCUGUGCAGGUCCUGGAGCGUCUGUUUCAGAAGGGUUUCACCGUUAAGGCGUCCUGCGGCGGUGGAGUCGACUCGUCCCAGUUCAGUGAGUACGUCCUGUGUCGUGACCUGCGGCACAGCCAGUCCAUCACCAGCACCCCGAUCCGGAUCAAACAGGAACCUCUGGACUGAACAGCACCAUCAGAAAACCACCUGAAGACUUGAAACCUUUCCAGGAAAUAUCUCUUUAAGAGACCUUUGACCUCUGCAGAUGUCAACCUUCUGUGGGAAGAACCAGAACUGUAAAUAAUAUUUGUAAUAAGAAUCAGUUUGAUAUGAACAGCUUGAUCAAUAUCGUCCUCUGUAUGUACAAAUAAACAGGUCUUUUUAUAAGUGUGUACGGAAGCCACGGGGCGCAUAAUUUAAUUCUUUUUAUAAAACUGACAUUUUGAAAAAAUGUAUAUUUAAUGUAUUUGUUAGCUUACUUUGUGUCUAUUUUUC